AUGGCCCCGACAUGCUGGCAACCGAGGCCCCCGCUGCCGGGUGUGAGCUUCGGGCUGGGGCAACUGGGCCCAAGCAUGGGGCCAGUGCCCAACCGCGGCUGGGCGCUCGGACAGCUCGGAUUGUCACAUCCUGUGUUUGCUGCUUGGCUCUGCGGCUCUGCGCUUUGCCUGUGCGAUGCUGCCUACACAGGUUUGGCACCACAGCCUGUAGGUGGCCGCCAGCCGUGCGGCUGCCAGGCACGGUCAAAGCCGACCCUUUCUACCGCCGCUUUUGUUCUUGUGGAUUGCGAGGCCAUCGGUGCGGGAGCUAUUGGUGCCGGGCCCAUCGGUGCAGGAACCAUUGGAGGGGCGAUCGCUCCGCCAAUGGCCCCGUCGCCUCCGGACUGGGGACUGCCUCGCCAGGACCUUCACCAAAUGCAACAACAGCAACGUUUUCCCGCACAAAUGCAACCUCAAGCCCCGCAAGCACCACAAGCUCCGCAAGCUCCACAACCUCCAGCUGCCGCCCCACAACCCCCACAAUCCCCCCAAGCCCCGCAAGCCCCAGCGGUGCAGCCUCAAGCAUUCCAGCCCAAGGCUGUCGGACGCCCGGUGGUGCCUCCAGACACAAUACCGUCGCAAGAGCGACCUGCGCCUGAGGUGCCGCGUCGCGAGUCUCGUGAGGUGCAACCCGAGCCAGCCCGUGAGGCACCCGAGUCCCAGCCUUCGCGGGAUGUCACGCGUGAUGGGCCCCCGGGCCCCGGCCGAGACACCCGUGACCGAGACAAGGCCGGCCCAGGCGGCCCAGGCCCGGCGCUGGAGCGCAAAGGAAGCGCCGGAGAAAAGUAUGUCCCGCCCGGCUCAGGAAACCGCCCUGCGCCCCCGCCCCGCCCACAAGCCGACUCCAAACCGGUGGAGAAACGAUUCGAAGCCUCUGCAAUCGAGCGCCGCAGGCACAGCCGUGAGCUCAGAGAUUUGGACUCCAAAGCCCGCAAAGAGCUGCUCCAUGCAGUCUUCCGUGCUUGCGAUCUUAACGGCGAUGAUUGGCUCAGUGAGGGUGAGUUCCGCAAUAUCGCAAACUUCUACGGCUUCAAAGGGGACAGUGAGAAGUGGGCCGAGGAAUUCAAGAAGCUGUGCGAGGAGCAUCGUGCGAACCCUAACAGAGGAAUCAGCUUCACGAUGUUCACGAACCUGCUGAACGACCAACAGGGUGGAUUGCACGCCGACAUGGACGACCUCCAGAAGAUGCUGCGCAAGCUGCAAGACCACAAGCAGAAGGUCGGGGGCACGGCGGCCGCAAAGAACCAAGGAGCGGCGCCAGCAGACGGCGAAGGAGAUGAGUUCUUCCAGAAGCUCAAGAGGAUUCUCCGAGGUGAGUUGCGAAUGCCAGACAAUAUGCUUUAUUUCCGAUUGCCUAGCGGACUGCCCCUUGCACCUGCCGAGGAUGCGCAGCUGCGGCGUGAAGAAGAGAUGAUUGCGGACCUCAGGUAUUUGGAAUACGUCAAGCGCGAGAAGGCCGCAAAGCAGGAGGAGCGGCAGCUGCGCCUCGCGCGGCUGCGGCCGCGCCCUCGCAAGCCGUGCGCGCGCUCGGACGUGGCCGACAGCGGCAUGGGUGCCCGACAGGCCAGCCACACCUCGAUGAACCUUAUGACCUCUGUACCGAGCACCGCGAGCUUGCGAACUGCCACGGCACCCAUUGUGAUCGAAGACCGCACACCCACGCCCGAGCCGUGUGAGGAGCCGACUCCUGCGUCGCCUCGCUUGGCUGAGCCGCGUGUGCGCGACGAGAUUCCGGAGAACGUACGCAAGCUGUACAGCAAGUUCCGUGGUCCACUGAUGCUGAAGUACUUGAAGGAGCUCGCGUCCAGUGACCAGGUGACUGGCUGGCGGCUCUUCGAGGUUUCCCGUUCCCGGGAGGACUCCACUGAGGAAGCGCUCAGCAACGACAGGGAGAAGGAGUUCCAGAGGCGCGCGCAGCAGCACUUGGCCCGGAGGCAGCGGCAAAGGCGCAUGCAGCAGGUGGCUGCUGAGGUGCUGAAGGGGAAGCGAGAGUUGUCCGACUGCUUCAAGGAUGCAGACCUGCCCUCGCGAUCGCGGAUGUGGGCAUUUUGGAAUGUUUGGGUGGAACUGGGUGCGGGCAAAUAUCAUCAACGUUUGUCGGAAUGGACUGUGCACUGGUACAACAAGCAUGGCCAGCUGGUGGAGCAGAUCCGUCUCAAUGCGGCCGCGGCCUAUCCCGUUCAUGCGAUCGCGCAGCGUCUUGCGAUCCCCACUCCGGCUGAGGUGCACGAGCAUCUCUCGGAGAUCAAGCCGUCCCAGGCCCGGUCGGCUGCUUUGGGGCCGCUGGCCACAGAAAGUGACCUGCAAGCCGCAAACGCUGAAGAUCUCAUGAUGGUGGCUUUCGCUUUUUGCCUGCUGCAGCUCGUUUUGGUCUCUGCCACAAGGGACUGGCUGGCCCCUUUCGAGCGACUCCAGGUGAGUUCGCCGAUGGUGGUCCAUGUCGUUACAGACUCGGCUCGGCUGAAGCCCGUGCUUGAGGUUGCGGCAGACUCCAUGGGCCUGGGUUGGACGGUCCAGUCUCAGGUUCAGGCUAUGACCUUCGGCUCCACCCUGCUUCUGGGUAUGGACGACCGAGCCGUCCGGCAGCAUUUUGCUUGGCCGAAAGGUGGUCAGAUUGCCACGCUCACAGUGCCGAAACCACUCAAAGCAGUCGCAGCUACGGGCGGUGCGGAUGUUUGGGUGGACAACGUGACGGGAGCCGUGGUAGCAGAUGGCAAGAGCAACCUCACAGUCGCGCGAAUGGAGGCGAAUCCAAACAUCUCGCACUUCAUCCUUGCAGAUGAUGCCAACAUAACCAUCAGCUCAGGCGUGAUCGGGGAUGCCGUUGUUCAGGCUUGGAACGGUGGCAAGGUGGACCUGGAGGGGAGUGACAUCAACGGGACGCUCAGCAUCAAGGUCGAUCCCAACUCCUCAGUGCAGCUCCUUUCAGCACAACCCGUGAAACCAACCAAGGCGAAUGUCACGGCCAACACUUCGACCGAUGUGAGGAACACUACGGGGCAUCCGCCUGAUUCUAACAUCACCCGGAGCCCUUCUGUGAACGCCACAAAGCAGCCAGACUACGCGACGGUGGCGAUGAAGAUCCUCUACGAUUUGGACCAGCAAGCGAAGGAGACCUUGACAGACCCUACCGGAUGGAUCAUCAACCAGGCGAAGCUGCGCAAGCAGGCGAACGAGACCAAGGGCAAGGGAGACGGCAAAGGAGAGAAGGACAGUGACCGUGACCACAAGGGCAACAACAAGACCGAAGGCAAAGCUGAGGCCGCAAGCAAGGAUGCCGUACCCGAAUGGCGCAGCCAGAAGUCCGAGGAACUCGAUGAGAAGAACAACAAGUCAGGCAACAAAGGUGCUGGAAAAGGCAAGGCUGACGAAGGCGAAGAGCAGGAGACCGACGAGUUCCGCGCCAAGAUGAAGAGGACCAUCAACUGGUACAAUCGCCACGGAGGCCUCCUGGCGCCGAUCCGUUUCCAGGAAGUGAUUCAGACCCUGGGCAUGACCGACCCCCGGGUGGCCAUGAGGAUCCUCAAUGACUUGGACCAGGCCAACGCUGAGGCUGUUUUGCAAGAUCCCACCAAGUGGAUCAUCGAGGAGUGUCGCAGGCGUGCUCGGGCCUUGGUUACACAAGCAGUGCCUUCCUUUCGCUCAAGCACGAUGGCUUCGGGCCUUACGGUGGGCUUUCAGCUUGUGAGCGGUCUGCCGGGCUCUGUCUCAAGGCCAGGGGCUCAUUCUACUGCUGUUGCUAUUGUGGGAACCAGGAAGCUAGCUUUUCAGAAGAUGUGA